AUGCUGCGCGCUGUGUGUAUCAGCAGGCAUGUGAUCAACAGAAGGCCGCUUCGGCCAGUACUCCAACAAUGUCGCCAGCUUCUCACGCUCGCGAUCGAGACAUCCUGCGACGACACGUGUGUAGCCAUUCUGGAAAAGCAUGACCUUGCCGGAGCACAGCAAGGCAUUCACGAUGCACCAAAGACUCAGGCUCAGCUUCACUUCAAUGAGAAGCUGACAGCGGCCAAUACUGGCCUGGGUGGCAUACAUCCCCUUGAGUCGCUCGACAGCCACCAUGCGCAUCUCGCUAAACUGGUCAAGAGGUCACUGCACUUCCUGCCAGAAGCGACGGGCGCCGAUGUGCCGCCAACGAAGCUCGUCCACGACCCGGACGGCGUUCCUCGCGUGAAGCCAGACUUCAUCUCCGUGACCCGUGGCCCAGGCAUGCGCAGCAAUCUAGCUUGCGGCCUGUCUACCGCGAAGGGUCUAGCGGCAGCAUGGUCCGUCCCCCUCCUCGGCGUCCACCACAUGCAAGCGCACGCUCUCACACCGCGCCUCGUCUCUGCUCUAGCAUCCACUCCCUCUACUCCCGCCACUCCCGCCUUCCCCUUCCUCAACCUCCUCAUCUCCGGCGGCCACACCCUCCUCCUGCACUCCCACUCCCUCACAUCCCACACCACCCUCGCGACUACCCUCGACAUCGCCAUCGGCGACUGCCUCGACAAAUGCGGCCGCACCCUCCUCCCGCCCUCCCUCCUCGCCUCCACCACCGACACCGCCUACGGCAAACACCUCUCCAACUAUGCCUUCCCCGACCCGGCCUUGUUCGAAACAUACUACCCCAUCUCCCGCUCGCGACAUGCCGAACUUCUCAAGCCCAACCACCCAAACUACGACUGGUCCUUCCAGCUGCCCCUCGGCAACACGCGCCAGCUCGCGUUCAGCUUCACGGGCAUUUGCUCGCGCGUGGGCGGUUUGGUCAAUAAGCGUCCUGGAGGCAGCGCGGCAGUGCCGGAAGGCGAACGCCUCGCUCUCGCGCGCACCGCCUUGGGAACGGCAUUCGAGCACCUGACCUCCCGAAUCAUUAUCGCCCUCUCCACCCUCUCCGCCAAUUCUUCCACCAGCAACCAGGCCAUGCCCAAGACCCUGGUAGUCUCAGGCGGCGUCGCAGCUAACGCCUUCCUCCGCUACUUCCUCCGCGCGACCCUUGACGCGCGCGGGUUCGAGGAUGUAGAGCUCGUCUUUCCGCCACCGGAGCUGUGCACGGACAAUGCGGCGAUGAUUGGUUGGUGUGGGAUGGAGAUGUACGAGGCAGGGUGGCGGACUGGGUUGGAGGUUGGUGUUGUCAGGAAGUGGGGGAUGGGCGGUGGAGGAGUAGGUGCGGAAGAGAAUGGAAAGAUUGAUGAUGAGGCCCGUGGUGGCGGGAUCUUGGGACUGCCAGGUUGGUAUCGCGUAGAGUCUUGA